AUGACAUCAAUAAGGAAUAAUGAAUCAUCAACAAAGAUUUUAAAUCUACAUCAUGAUAAUUUAGAUGAUAUUUAUACCCAGAUUAUAAAUUGUAAAAAAAUUAUAAUGCUAACAGGUGCUGGAAUUUCUUGUAAUGCAGGUAUACCAGAUUUUAGAUCAAUAAAUGGGUUAUAUAAUUUGAUACCCAAUAGUUCAAGUUCAAUAAAAGGUAAAGAUUUAUUUGAUAUUUCAUUAUUUAAUUCAAUAAAUACAAUAACAGAUUUUGCAAAAUUCAUGUCAAAUUUAUAUUUAGAGACUCAAAAAGCUAAGCCAACUAAAACUCAUAAAUUUAUUGAAAAAAUAAAUAAUCAAAAAAAAUUAAUUAGAUGUUAUACACAAAAUAUUGAUGGUUUAGAAUCUCAAUUAGGUUUAUCCUUGGAUUUCAAUGAACAUAAUGAUUCUACUCAUCUGAAAACUUGGAAAAAAUUAAAUGUUAUUCAAUUACAUGGUGAUUUAAAUUCACUUAUUUGUACUGCAUGUUUUGAAAAAUUAAAUUGGUCAAUGGAAUAUAUUCAACAAAUGCAAAUGGGUGAAUUACCUGAAUGUCCACAAUGUAUUCAUAAAACUAAUCUAAGAAUUUCACAGGGGAAAAGAAAUACUGGGAUCCAGGGAAGAUUAAGACCAAAUAUUGUUUUAUAUGGAGAAAAUCAUCCAUUUUCAGAUAUUAUAACAACAGGGUUAAAUUCUGAUUUGAAAACAAAACCUGAUUUAUUUAUAAUAAUGGGGACAUCAUUAAAAGUUCAUGGUGUUAAAAAUUUAGUUAAAUCAAUGUCAUCAAUAAUUCAUCAACGUGGUGGUAAAAUUUUAUUAAUUAAUAAAGAUUUUAUAUCUGGUUGGAAUAAUAUAAUUGAUUAUCAAAUCCUAAAUGAUUGUGAUGAAUUUAUUGAAAAUUUUGAAAAUUUUGAAAAAAUAUAUAAAACAAGUCAAUUUAAAACUCCUCCAUCAACUCCAAAGAGGAAAACCCGUAUUAUUGAUUUAUUAAAUACUCCAUCUCCACAAAAAAAGAGAAAAUUAACAAUUUAUAAUGAUAAUGAUGAUGAUACUAAAUUGAAACAAAGAAAUAUAUUAAUAUCACCCGAAGAAUCUCCAAAUAAAAAAUCUCCAAGAAUUCCAUUGAAAAACUUUGAUUAUAAUAUUGAUAAUAAAAAUAAGAUUAAAAAUUUACCUCCAUUACAUGAUUUUAGUGAUUUAAGAAGAUCUCCAAGGAUUAAAAGAAUUCAAAAUUUACUGAAUUAA